AUGGUGGGAGCGGUGGCCGUGCCACCGGCGCAGGCGGACGACCACACGCCCAAGAAGCACCACCCGCACCACAACAAGGAGAAGCGCAAGGAAGCCAAGCACGAUGCCGACCUCAACGUCGACGACAACGACGACGACGACGGCGAGCAGGACCACCGCCAUCACCAGAACAACGAAGGCGGGGAGCAGCAGCUCGAGACGAAGAAGGACAAGAAGAAGAAGAAGCUUCACAACAAGGCACGGGAGGAGGAGGAGGAGGAGAAUGUACAAAAGGGCGGAGAUGUGGGCGAUGUGAGCGAAGACGACGAGGAGGAGGACGAUGGUCGGGUGGAAGAGGAGGUGGUGGUGCCGGCGGAGGAGCAGCGGACGACGGCCGCGACCGAGCGGAAACGAAGAGGCACGGUCUCGCUGUACGACAUGGUGGCGGCCGAGGGCAACACGAUCCGACGAGACGCGAUUGCAGCGGCGGAAAAGAACGAAAGCGACGACGAGGAGGAGGCGGAAGACGAGGAGCACGGCGGCAGCGGGAAAAAGGCCAAAAGAACGAAAGCGAACGCCACCAGAGCAAAGGACGAAGACGAUAGCUCCGACGGGGAGGAGAACGAAGGGAGCGGGAGCGGCCUAAAGAGCGAAGGCGCGAAGAAGGUCGAGAGCGGGAAUGCGGCCAAGGGCGGAAGCACCAACAAGGAGCGGGAGCUCUCGCUCAAGGCCCAGAAGGAGAAGGAGCGCGAGGAGCGCGAGCGCGAGCGCAAGAAGGAGAAGGAGCUGAUGCGGGAGAAGAAGGAGAAGGAGCGCAAGGAGCGUGAGGAGAAGGAGCGCGAGGAGCGCGAGCGGCGGGAGAAGGAGAAGCUCAAGGAGAAAGAACGGAAGCGGGAGGAGAAGGAGAAGAGGAAGAAGGAGAAGCUCGACAAGAAGGCGGCAGCCAAGGAGAAGCUCAAGGAAACCAAGGACGCCCACAACAGCGGCGGUGGUGUUGAGGACCUGUCGACCACCUCGGCCUCGGCCACGGCCACGGCCGGUGGUGCUUCCGCCGCGGCGCCCAGGGACCACGGCCCGGCGCCGGUCUCGGCUCUGCCUCUUGAGGGCCGGCGGUCGUCUGGCCACGAAGACGAGGCCCUGGCGGUCGACGAUGACGACAGCGAAGACCCGGCAGCGGCCGACGACUAUGCCGGCCCUGGGUCUCCGCAGGCCCGGUACAAGGAGAUGAUGACCCAGAAGUAUGCCAACGUGUCCAGCGAUCCCAACGGGUAUCGUGCGCACAUGACGACGAGCUACUUCAGCAAGCUGGCAGAGCAGCGACGGAUCAAGCGCAGCCGCGAGGAGGCCCUGAAGAAGAUCAAGCACCUCAACCCCAAGGACUACCAGGCCGUCAAGAAGGCCCACGAGCGCCUCCUCAAGGAGGCCCGCGAGGCCCGCCGACGACGCGUCAAAGAGGGCGGCCCGGUCGCAGGCAAGGGCCGCUCCGGUGGGCUCCACCUGGUCAUGAGCGACCUCGGGCCGGCGGCCCACGGCAGCGAUGAGGCGGUUAAGGUGGCGGCAGCGGCGGCGGACACGGAUGGCGGCGAGCCGACGGAGAAGGCCGCGUCGGCCAAGGUCUUGGCGGCUGCGGGGCGGCGUAGCAAGUUUACAAAGAAGUACGCCAACUCGAUGCCCGACAUGGACCGGAAGGCCAUCCGCGCGGGCCUCAAGGAGGACAGGGAGGAGAAAGAGAAAGCGAAAGCGAAGACGAAAGCGAAGAGCGACAAGAAGAAGGACGGAGAGGAGGAAGAGAAGGCGGAGGAGGAGGAGGAGAAGGAAGCGGUCGGCGAGGGUGAAGGCGAGCAGGACGAGGAGGCCGACGAACCACACGAGGGCAAGGCAGCACGCCUGCUCAAUUCGUCCAAGUCGGCGCCCAAGGCACCGCUGAGUCCCAAGUCCAAGAAAAGCACCCCGGACAGGGAUGGGGCCGUGCCCAUCGACCCCGAGGAGUUCUUCGACGAGUUAUACGCGAUAUGUUCGGAGGAAGAGCCGCUGGACGAGGUGGAGAAGUACCUCUUCGUGGGCCGCCUGCUGCGCGACCACGAACUGCACAAGCAGGAACGCGAACAGCGGCUCAAGCGCAUGAUCGGUCUCCAGACCCCCGAGAACGGAUCCACGCUGUGGAAGGAAUCGGAGGACAUCUUCCACAAGCCCCUCUCUUCUUUCGUGUGCCAUCGCGAUUUCGCGCGGUUGGUGCGCAAGUACCAAAUCGAGCGGCCAGCCGGUGAGAUCCUCUGCGGACCCUUUGACAACGCCGAAAUGCCCAAGACGGAGGCGACGUACACGGUGCUGGUGACGCUGGCGAUGGCCCUCGACGACACCACGCUCUCGGAGAACAUCCAGACCAAUUUCAAGCGGGGCGAAUACUUCAAGACCGACGACGACCUCAGCGACCCCACCGGUCUGAAGGUGUUCUUUGAUGAGGUGAUCGGCGAGCACACGCCGCUGAUGCGCAUCCUCAAGGUCACCAGCCAGAGCAUCGUGGCGCCGUGCAUCACGAAGUUGAAGGCGUGCAUGGCCCCGCUGGACUUCAACUCCGUGCGCAACUCGUGGUCCAUCGCCAUCGCCGUCGACAACGAGGAGGUGACCAUCGAGAAAUACGGCCCGUUCACCUUCGAGUGGGCGAUCGAAUACGUUUUUGACCUCGAGAUGACCUCCCUCAAGUAUCUGCGCCCGAUGCUGAUGAACGUGCGGGGCAGCAAGAAGUCGCGGAAGGUGCUCAAGAAGGCCUACACCCAGCUCGUCAGCGUCAAGGCCAAGUAA